AUGAGUAAAGAUAAGAAAGAUAACUGGCACUGCCCUGCUUGUAAAAGUAAACAAAAGAAGAUAGACAACACUAAUACUCCUGUGCAAGGUCAAAGGAUGCACACCAACCCUAGUUCCUCCGACAGGGCUUUUGAAGAGAGCAAUGUAACUCGUAGAAGACCCCCAACUGACAACCAAAUUAACACCUCGUCGUCCCCAGUUUCUCCUCCCGUCGACGACGCCCUGCUUGCCACUAUUCGUCGAGAGAUUCAGCGUUCCGUCGCUGAGUCCGUGGAAUCGACGGUGAGGAUGUACUUCGGAAGGGAGUUCAACGACAUUAAAAAGGAACUGUCAGUUCUACGUGAAUUAAAAGACAGCAUGGAAUUCCUGAGUGCAGCUUACGAUCGAAUGAAAGCUGAUUUAAAGGAUUCUCAGGAGAGGAUGAACGUUAUAAUUAAGGAAAAUUCGAAUUUGGUGGGCAAGGUGACCGACCUCACAAACAGACUCAAUCUUAUGGAACAACAUUCCCGGGAAACGAAUAUCGAGAUUAAUGGCGUCCCUGAAAACAAAUCGGAAAACUUACUAUCCGUUGCCCGCCAACUGUGCACUGCUGUUUCCAUCCCUCUGCUGGAUGCUGAUGUCCUUAAUGGCACAAGAGUUAGAAAAUUAAACGAAGACAGUGAUCGACCACGUGCAAUUGUAAUAAAACUUCAAACUACUAAGAAACGUGAUGAAAUACUGGCGGCUGUGUCAAGAUUUAAUAGAGCUAACCAGAACGACAAACUUAACACUUCCUCCCUGGGGUACGGCGGAAAAAAGUCCCCUGUCUACGUGUCUGAACAUCUGUCUCCUCACAAUAAAGCGUUGCACGCUAGUACAAGAAGGAUCGCGCACGAGAAGGGUUAUAAAUAUGUGUGGAUACGCAGCGGUCGUAUAUUCGUGCGGAAAGACGACCANAUUCGUGCGGCUCCUGCCAAACUAAUAAAGGGUCAAGACUCGUUGAAUCAACUUUGA